AUGAAUGAACCAGCAAUGAUAUCCUUCUUCAGCGUCACAGGGGUGAUUUUGCUGGUUGCAGGCGUCGCAAUUUGGAGGACCCAUGGCCGUGGCCGGCGGAGCCGCCGAAUGCACAGCACCAAAGCCGAAGCCGACAACGACGACGAUACGGCGAUCGAGAACGACUGCGACGACGGCUGGGCCCAAGUGCCAAACACCUGCAGUGUUGGAGUUCAAGAAGAAGAAGAGAUGCGUAGCAUGGCAAGAGGACGGCCCGGUGUGGAUGAAAAGGUCUACCAGACACCACUCGCUACCGUGUCCAUUACCCCCGGCGUCGAGGCUGAGACGAGCCAGAGCCACCCGAUGAUUGAUGCUCAGACCUCUAAAGGAUCAAGGCCAACAGAUAUAGUGGCAUUUGAGAACCUCGGUGGAUAUCGAUAUGGCGAUUUUGCCUAUGGGCAUGACAAUAUGGCACCGCUUCCAGUUCCUCCGGCUUCGUCCCAAGACCGCCAUCUAAACCCAUAUAGUCAUCAUUCGCCUGCAGGUGGCAUUGCGGAAGUCGAAGCUGUUCCUGCUCCGGCAGCAUGUCCUUAUCCUCCUCCCACUAUUCAGACCUCCGACAGGGUUUCGGUGGAAUUGGGACAGCACGGGUCUGGGUCCCGACUGACAUCGUACAAUGGGCUUCCACCACACCGUGACGAUAUGAUGGCGGCACUCCCAAUCCCCAAGGACCAUCCGCUUUACCAACAUCAUCCGCAUCAUCAGGUUGUUGAAUGCCCAGCACCGGCCCCAGCAGCGCCUAAUAAACAGGAUCAUCCAGACCGCAGCAAGCCACCACCUCCAACAACGAUCCAGUACGAGCGCGAAAGUCUUGUCCCUGCUCCUUUGAAUCCGCGGCGCGGAAGGCAUAAUAGCCCCCAACACGUCGGCGAUCAGAACCACAAGCCAACAACUGCCUCGACCACCGAACCACCUGCAGCGCUGGAGCCGGCUGUCCCCACAUUGGCAAGGCCCUCAAGUGCUCCUGCUCGGCAGCCAACUUCCAUCUCCAGAUCGACGGGUCAAAAGACCGAGACGAGAUACAGCGUGUUUGAGAGUCCGCUGAGGCAGCAUCCACCGGAGUUGAAGAGGGGAUUACAAGAUGCAACAAGGGAUAUCGUGGUGCAAACUCCAGUCCACGAUUCAAGGGCUAUAAUUUGCCAGAUUGGAGCAGACGAUCAAGUCCAGAAUGAGUGGCCUUUGACGACAGCCCGUGAGCGCGUCGUCCGAUCAUCGUCGUCAUCAAAAACCACACCAACGCCAUCGCCAUUUCAGCUCGUGCAACGAUGCUACUUGGACGACCGUCCCCCUAACUCCAUCUUCGCAGUCAUCCUGCAAGCCAUCGAGGUGGAGUUGGACGGCCGAGGAUUUCAGGGUGUGGGGAUUGUCAUCUGGUCGUAA